UGCCAUGGCCACCAACCAAGGUGUCCUUUCAUCUCUUGACAAUGCCAAGACACAAAGCUACCAUUAUAUGGCAAUAGUGAUAGCAGGAAUGGGGUUUUUCACCGAUGCGUACGACCUCUUUUGCAUCACGGCCGUUACAAAGCUUAUCGGUCGAUUAUACUACUCUGAUCCGACUGGUCAGGGUCCUGGAAAACUUCCAACAAACGUAAACAACGCAAUAACCGGUGUCGCGUUGUGCGGUACCCUCGCAGGACAACUCUUCUUUGGCUGGCUUGGAGACAAACUUGGUAGAAAAAAAGUUUACGGCAUAACACUAACCACAAUGGUUGGUUUUGCUUUAGCUUCAGGUCUAUCAUUUGGUUCCACGUCGAAAACUGUGGUCACUAGUCUUUGUUUCUUUAGAUUCUGGCUAGGGUUCGGCAUCGGUGGAGACUAUCCUCUCUCAGCUGUGAUCAUGUCUGAAUAUGCUAAUCAGAAAACAAGAGGAAGUUUCAUUGCUGCUGUUUUCGCUAUGCAAGGUGUUGGAAUACUGGUCGCUGGAGGCGUAGCCAUGUUCGUCUCGAAGCUAUUCUUAUCGGCUUUUCCAGCUCCUGAUUUUGAAACUGAUCCUGUUCUAUCUACUCAACCAGAAGGAGAUUUUGUAUGGAGAAUUGUGCUAAUGUUUGGUGCUGUUCCUGCUGGAUUAACUUAUUAUUGGAGAAUGAAAAUGCCGGAAACUGCAAGAUACACUGCUUUGGUAGAAGGAGAUCACAAAAAAGCUGCCGAAGAUAUGGCCAAAGUUCUUGAUAAGAAAAUACUUUUAGAAGAAUCGAAUACCAGAAUCGCUAUCGCACCACGCGGUUCGCGCUCGUAUGGACUCUUCUCUUCAGAGUUUCUUAAUAGGCAUGGCCUUCACCUUUUAGGAACAACUAGCACAUGGUUUUUAUUGGAUAUUGCUUUCUAUAGUCUUCAACUAACACAAAAAGAUAUUUAUCCAGCUAGUGGACUUGUAUACAAGGCCUCCAAAAUGAAUGCUAUUGAGGAAGUGUUUCAGCUCUCUCGAGCCAUGUUCGUGGUUGCCUUGCUCGCCACGGUACCUGGAUACUGGUGCACGGUUCUUCUGAUCGACAAGAUCGGACGGUACAGAAUCCAGCUUGUUGGAUUUCUUGUGAUGUUUGUUUCUAUGUGGUUUCUAGGGCACAAUUACAGAUCAUAUAGGGGAGAAGAAUCUAAAUGCAAGAAAGAUUCAAAAUAUGAUUUUUGCAACGGAAACCUAAUCAUGUUUGCUAUACUUUUUGGACUUACACUUUUCUUUGCUAACUUUGGACCUAAUAGUACUACAUUUAUAGUGCCGGCGGAGCUCUUCCCUGCGAGGCUCCGUUCGACGUGUCACGGGAUAUCGGCUGCAGCUGGAAAAUCGGGAGCUAUCAUCGGUGCUUUUGUGGUGCAAAGCCAUAUAGAUAAUGCACAUGAUAAAACCAAAGGAAUCAAGCAGGCAAUUAUGGCGCUUUCGUUUGUCAACUUGCUUGGAUUCCUUUGCACAUUCUUGGUGCCUGAAACGCAAGGUCGGUCACUCGAAGAAAUAUCGGGAGAGGAGAAAGAAUUCGAGGAAAAUAAUACUGCAGAUGAGGCAAUAAAUGAUGCAAAAGAGGGAAUAAGAAACCCCAGUGUUGAUAAAUCUCCAGGAACUUCAAUAGUUUAG